UCUUUAUCACUCAUUACAUGCGGGAAGGAGAUAGAAUGACGCUUACAGCGCAUAAGCGCCCAAAGUGAACGCAGCCCUUGAGUUUGAUUAAUGUCCAAUUUGCGCAUGACGUCUUUUCGCGGGUCGCAGAGUUUGUCUUGCCACGGUUCAGAUUUGUUUGUAACAAGAGUUUCUCGCCCUCUGCCCCUCCGUUCUUCUCUACCGCUGCGACUGUGUUCUGCGCGAUAACACGUGAAAUCUUCCGCGAGGUUUCGACGUUCAAUUUGACAUAUUGCGCACUUUCCACAAAGAAGAAGCGUAGAGCGCGACCUCCGACUUGUUCAUUGUGGCCGAUGUUGUCUUACGCUCGACACGGUUGCUCGGGAUUAUCGAAUAAGCACGAUGGAACGCACGAAAAGGCCUACGACCGAACAGAUGGAACUGAAAGUUCUCGAACCACUUCUCACGAGAGUCGACCAGCAAGAGCUCAUUCGUAUUGAUAAAAACGAGUUCAAAAUCGGCCGAGCAAGAGAUAAUGACGAGAUCAUCUUGGACGUCACAGUAUCCAGAAAGCAUUGUGUGUUCAGAUGCGAAGGCCAGGACGAAUGGAGCGUGAAGAACUUGAGUUCCUCGUCCACGUUUGUCAAUAAUCUCACCAUUAAACAAGGAGAAAUACAACGAGUUAAUCCUGGUGAUAUCAUACAAUUUGGUUGUAACUCAAUGUGCAAAUAUGUGUUUAGUUUUGCUGAAAGAGGUCACUGUGUUAAGAGGCCACGUUUGGAUGAGAAAGUCCUCGAUACUAUGCUCACUAAGCAGAGGACUUUUGCUGAGAACCAAGAGUGUCAGAGGAAGGAGCUCAAAGACAAGCUGGAAAUCAAACAUAAGGAGCAAGAGGAGUUGAAACAGCAACUUGAGGAACUGUUGUCGCAGCAAGCAGCUGCCAAAGAUGACAAGGAAAAUCUGAUCAAACAGAUUGCGACAUUGGAGAGCAAAAUAGAGGCAGGUAACAUGCAGGAGCGACAUCUGCACAGCAUGUACUCUCAAUUACUGCAGAAACUGGAGAAUGAGAGACAGCAGUUCGAAUUGAGAAUAAAUGAAGAGAAGCAGAAGUGGCAAGAGGCAUUGGAAAUGAGCAAACAAGAGAAGGAAAUAUUAGAGAUGAAAAUGAAAGAACAAAUGGAGAGAUGGAGAGAACAGCAGCAAGCUGAUUGGAAAAGGAUGAUGGAGAGCAAAGUGAAUGAGGAGAAGACUAUUCAAGCUCAACUGUUGAACGAGAAGAAUAUGCUGGAAGAAAGACUGAAGAAGACUGAGAAAGCCUUAAAGGAACAAGAAGCAAAGGCGGUAACCUCGCAAGCGAUAUUGAACGCGAACAUGAUAACUGAGCCCAGUUCGUCCGACAAUUGCAUAUUCGUGGAGCUCGUGGAUGUGAAUCAGCCUCAGGGAUUUCAAAUAUUAGAUACAAUCGACUUGACUGGAUUCAGUCAGAGCAUAGAGACGAACACUAAGGAAGGUGUUCUCGGGAAAGUGAGCGACAUCAUGGACGAGCAGCUGACGUGCAGCAUAUGCUCGGAAUUGUUUGUAAACGCGACAACCUUGAAUUGCAUGCACACGUUCUGCCACCAUUGCAUAAACGCGUGGUACAAGAAACGGAGGGAUUGUCCAGUCUGUAGGAAACCGGUGAUGUCGAUGAACAGAUCGUUAGUUUUAGACAAUUUCAUCGAGAGUAUGAUCGAGAAUUUGACGGCCGACCAACAGAAGAAGAGGAAGGAGCUUCUGCAAGAAAGAAAAGUUAUUGGGAUGAAGAGACGACGUUGAAACACGUGUCGCAUCAAGACGAAUUACAGUAUUAAGCGUUAAGACUCCAUACGGUGAGCUCCGGCAAAAUGCUGCGGUGACCAAUCAGAAACCAAGCUCAUGCUGGAGCUUGCCGCAGCCCGAUCUGCGCCUGGUUUCUGAUUAGUCACCGCAGCAUUUUGCCGGAGUUCACCGCAUGUAUGGAGUCUUAGCUUUAGUUAUAAUAAUUCGUUACCGCCUAAGGCACCUACAAUAUCUCUCUCUGUAUAUGUAAUAUUCAUAUUGAAAUGUGCCGUUUAUUUUGUGUACUCAGACUUAAAAUUUUGUUUUAUUUUUGUAAGAAGUUCCCUGAGCGCGGUUUUUUUCUUUGACAUUUUUAUUUAAUAUACGUGAGUGUGGAACGUCGUGUAUAGCGCUGUGUAAUUAAUAUGGUCAUUCUUUUUAUAAAAUCUAUUGGUUGUCUCGUAA